GGCGCGGUGCUGGCGCUGCUGUGCGAGGGCCUCUUCCCCGCGUCCACCGUGGACGAGCCCGCGUUCCGCGCGCUGCUGCGGGCGGCCGAGCCCCGCUACGAGCUGCCCAGCGCCCGCUUCUUCGGCAGCCGGGCGCUGCCCGCGCGCUACGGGGCGGUGCGCGAGGCCGUGCGCAAGGAGCUGGCGGAGGCCGCGUGGUGCGGCGUGUCCACCGAGCUGUGGCGCAGCGACAACCAGAACCGCGCCUACGUGACCCUGGCCGCGCACUUCCUGGGCCUGGCGUCGCCCAACUGCCUGUCGGUGGCCUCGCGGUGCCUGAAGACGUUUGAGGUGCCCGAGGAGAACGCGGCCGAGACCAUCACGCGCGUCCUCUACGAGACCUUCAUCGAGUGGGGCGUCAGCGCCAAGGUGUCCGGCGCCACCACCGACGGCGGCAAGGACGUGGCGCAGGCCUGCUCGCUGCUGGACAUCCCCGUGCACAUGCCGUGCCUGGGCCGCGCCUUCGACGCGGCCAUCCAGCAGGCCUUCCGGCUGCCCAAGCUGGCCGCGCUGCUGGCGCGCUGUCGCCGCCUGGUGGCCUACUUCCAGCAGUCGUCGGUGGCCAGGUACAUGCUGGCCGAGAAGCAGAGGCUGCAGGGCGCCGCGCGCGGCAUGCUGGUCAGCAACCGGGUGGCCGGCUGGGGCAGCACGCUGGCCAUGCUGCAGCGGCUGCGGGAGCAGCAGUUCGCCAUCGCGGGCGUCCUGGUGGAGGACAGCAACAACCACCACCUGAUGCUCGAGGCGGCCGAGUGGGCGACCAUCGACGGCCUCGUGGAGCUGCUGCAGCCCUUCAAGCAGGUGGCCGAGGUGCUGGCCGCGGCGCGGCACCCGACCAUCAGCAUGGUCAAGCCGCUGCUGCACAUGCUGCUCAACACGACGCUGCACGCCAAGGACGGCGACCCCAAGGACCUCAGCAUGGCCAAGGAGGUGAUGGCCAAGGAGCUGACCCGCACCUACCAGGAGGCGCCCGAGACGGACCUGUUCCUCAACGUGGCCACCUUCCUGGACCCGCGCUACAAGAGGCUGCCCUUCCUGUCGGCCUUCGAGAGGCAGCAGGUGGAGAACCGCGUGGUGCAGGAGGCCAAGAGUCUCCUGGACAGGGCCAAGGACGGCGGCUGCCCCGCGCCCCCGCCGCCGCUGCCCGCCGAGGACAAGCCGUGCGCGGGGCCGGAGGAGCCUCCGGCCAAGCGUCCGGCCAGCGCCAUCCACAGCCUGCUGGCCGAGAUCUUCUGCCCGGCGGCCGGCGCCGAGGACCAGGAGGAGGUGACGGCGCAGCUGCUGGAGGAGCUGAGCAACUUCAAGUCGCAGAAGGUCCUGGGCCUGCACGAGGACCCGCUCAAGUGGUGGUCAGACCGCCUGGCGCUCUUCCCCGUGCUGCCCCAGGUCCUGCAGAAGUACUGGUGCGUGGCCGCCACGCGCGUCCCCCCGGAGCGCCUCUUCGGCUCCGCCGCCAACGUGGUCAGCGCCAAGCGCAACCGCCUGGCCCCCGCGCACGUGGACCAGCAGGUGUUCCUCUACGAGAACGGACGGGCCUCCGCUGCCUCCGUGGAGGCCGAGCCCGAGGACGAGGAUGAGGGCGAGUGGGGGCUGGACCAGGAGCAGCUGUUCCCGCUCGGGGACCCGGCCAGCGGCGGCUUCUUCGGGCUCAGGGACGGGGGCUUCCUCUAGGGGUCGCUGUCCGUGGACACUGGACCAUCAAGAGCCGAGAAGGAAGGACGCACGCGGCUGGGGGUGCCCAGGGGCGCAGAGAGACUCGCGCCCUGUCCUCGGUCACCUUCCACAAACCAAAGGCCACAGCUUGAUUUUCCCCCCCCCAAGAACUGGACACGGUGGUCAGGGCCUAUCAUCCCAGCAGCUUGGGAGGCUGAGGCAGGAGGAUCGCCAGUUGGAGGCCAGCCUCUGCAACCAGCGAGGCCCUCCGCAGCCCUAUUUCUAAGGCGGAAAUAUAAAAAGGGCUGGGGACAUGGCUCAGGGUUCACUGUCCCUGGGUUCAACCCCUGGUCCCCUCCCCCCCCCAAGAAAAAACCAGGUGGCAGUGGGGUGAGGCUUGGGGACACAGGGUGGGGGACCUCAGGCAACACCGGCUUCUGCAUGAACCUCCUUCCCCUCCCUCUCUGCCUGUUCCUUCCCAAGAAGUGACCGUGGGUGUCUCCAGAGAGGGUUCUGAGUCAGUCUGGAAAGUUCCAUCCCGAUCUGGGUGGGGGGCCGAGUGCCACCGAGCAGAGCGUCACCUGUCCGUCAAAGCCCUGAGGAUUUUCUCUCCCCGGGGACUCUGCACGGUGUUGCUCUCCGUCGGGGAGACCACAGAGUCCAGGGGUUGAACCCAGAGGGGCACUUGACCCCUGAGCCCGGUCCCCAGCCCUAUUUGGCAUUUUAUUUAGGGACAGGGUCUCCCUGAGCGGCUCAGGGCCUCCCUUUGGCAGAGGCCGGCUUUGAACUCGAGAUCCUCCGGCCUCAGCCUCCGGGGCUGCUGCGAUGAUAAGCAUUCCCGCUUUUCAAGCCACUUGCAAGCCGGGGAGUUCGUGCAUCUGGCGGUUCUGGGUUUUAUUUGUGAUGCAUGAGCCGAGGUGAGCUGUUUUUAGGGGUUUUUUUGGGGGGGGGGCAGUCAAAGACCCCUAUUUUUUUUUUUCUUUUUCUGCUUUUGUUUAAACCUGCUUGAGGCCGGCUUCCCGGCAUGGAGGUGGGAAGUUGAGGUUCUUGGACGGGAGAAGACGUUUGAAUUCUUUAAAAAAAAAAAAACUCAAGCUCAUGGGGGAGAUUUAAUUUGCAAAAAAAAAAAUAAAAUAAAAAUAAAACUUAUUUAUUUUCGGAACUGGCUUACGGGAAGGGUCCAGAGGCGCCCAGCUCCUUGUGCAAGUUGGGAGCACCCAGGGUGCCGGGCUGGGCGGGGCCGGGUGGACAGCGUCGCGACCAUGUCGGGAUUUUGCGCUUCUUGCCGGUUUCUCCUUGCCUUCCUGGAAGCUCCGACCUUGGCUUCUGCUCAAUAAAUCAGAGACGCAAAGCC